AUGGUUGGCUGGCCACGUUCCGAAGGGCCACGCCGCGCGGACAAGCUCCCGGGCCGGCGCGGAGAGGAGUUAACGCAGCCGGGCCCCGCCCCACCCGUUGCGCUUUGCGCACUGCCCUCGCAGACGCUGGUCCUCGACCAAAGCCCGCGCGCGGGGCGGCUGGGCCGGCGGGGCUUACCGGGUCAAAAACCCCACCGAGGUGUGCGGACUGCCGGUGCUCGGCCGGGUCCUGAGCCUGGACAGGAACCCGUGCGGCUGAGACCCGAGUGGAAGGGGGCGUCGGGCAGAGGGAAUGGUGGGUGCAGCGGCGCCGAGGCCCGUCGGAAGAAGCGAGGGGAGGCCGGGGCGGGGGGCGGCUCGCAGGCCAGGGCGGUGCUGGGGCAGCAUCCCGUGCGAGGCGUCACCCCCCUGGCCGGCAGACCGUGCAGUCAGGGAGGCCGACUCUUCUGGCAAAGUAGUGGCCCCGAACCCAGGCAGGGGGCUGGGGAGAGUAAAUCCCGGCGCCGAGAGGGCCAGAGCUUUCGGAUUUUGUUCACCGAGGUGUCCCCGCCUGUGUCUGGCGAGCGGUCGUUACUCGGUGGCUCAGUGGAAGGAAGGGGCACCCCGCCCCAGACGUUGUUUGAACAGGAGCCGGUGGGGGUUAGCCCCUCUGGGCCCAGGUGGAGCCCAGGCUGUCUACCCAGGAAUGUACCUGUGUGUGCAGCCCACGUGGCUUCCAGGAGCUGCGCCCUCCUGCUGUUCCUGCUUCCUGCCAAUUUCACCUGGAGCCUCGGGGACACCUUGACCCUGAGAAAGGACUUUGAGGAGGGAGCCUCCACCUGGACGGCGCAGAUGAUGAUGAAAUCCGCAAACCGCCUUCUCUGGACUUUGUACUUGGCAGAGAAAUAAAUGCGUUUUUUCCUAAACCUGGGGCUGGGCCUUCUGGUGUGGGCCACCAGCCCGCCACAGCCUGCUUCCCACGGGAGCUGUUUCUGUGGCCAGGGUGGGGACCCCUCGACCCGCUGCCUACUGCCUGGUGAUCCCCAUGGGGAAGGCAGUGGAG